AUGCCCACCAUACCCCUCCACACUUCUUCUGCCCAAACAGCGGUAACAAACACUGCCAAUCCCCUUCCACAAUUGCUUCAAACGCCGGGUGGGCUUGCUAUUCUUGAAAUCCAAGGCAGUAUCAAUCUUCCCACCGCCUCACCUACUUCUCAAACCAUCUCCAUUGGGCGCCUUGUCUUCCCAGACUACACCGCCAGCGGCUCGCCAGAACACAAAUCCUGGAUGAAGAUAGUCCAUCUCUACGUUGGCCAGCAUCAGAGGCUAACAGGAGAAGUGAAGAAGUUACCCAACCCUGUGGCCGUCAUCCGCAAGCGGGAUAGUGGGGAAGCAACUGCUGAGGGAGAGGAACUGGAGAUAGCGGAAAUUGUCUAUUACAAAGUCAUCUUCUCCAGUCGCCCCGAGCCUGUGGGGACUUGA